AUGGCUAAAAAUCCACAAUUUACCUGGCAGCCGCUACGGCAUUCCACCAAGAACAUCAGACUCAUCGAACUCGUGUCAGCUAAGUCGAAACACGCUCCUAUCCGACUCAAGCUCGCCACCUAUUCGCUCGAUGGGUAUUGCCCUGGUUAUGAAGCAAUCUCGUACACAUGGGGCGAUGCCCUCGACGAAGAGGAAAUCAUAAUAGGCGAAGAAAGCGUGCAAUCUUCGCGAAAACUUCGCAUCCGCAAAAACCUGUACCAUUGCCUGAAACGACUCCGCCAGACGACCACCAAUCGAUACCUGUGGGUCGACGGCAUAUGCAUCGAUCAGAGGAACAACGACGAAAAAGGCGCCCAGGUGUCCAUCAUGGGCAAGAUCUUUUCCGGCGCACAGCGCGUUCUCGUCUGGCUCGGCGAAGUCGACGACGGCAGUGACACGAUCUUGGCAAAAGCUACCAAACGAAAGUGGUGGGCAUUCGGCGCCAGUUUCUGUAUCCCAACCGUGUCAAAGAAGGCAGCGGCGCAGCAGAUGUCGGAAAAGCCGUACUGGUCACGAACAUGGAUCGUGCAGGAGAUUGUCAGCGCCCAAGCCAUCUCUGUUCACUAUGGCGGAGCCAUCAUCGACUGGGGUGCUCUCCGACUGUUCGCAGAACUGUGCGGCCACCACGGUGACCUGUCUUGGAAAUUCGACACAUUCGAUGAGCCACGGCGAGCGUGGCACCUGUCGACGAACAUUCGUCAGAUUUCCACAACGUUGAUGGACCACAUCGAGCAGUUCAGUCAUUUGCAAUGCCAGGACGUCAGAGAUAAGGUGUAUGCCCUGCUCUCCAUCUCUGCGCCACCCAUAAGUGGCAAGGCGCUCUUCCCGGACUACAGGAUCAGUUCGGCAGAGCUGGUGUGCAGAGUGUGCGAACACUAUCCGCCCAUGAUCAAGGAUGGAGUCGAGAUGCGGUCCAAGCUGGCCAAGAUACUUGACGUUUCCGAGGACGAGCUCGCCAAGUGUAUCCGUGGUCGAGGUGGCGUGCAUUUGAAUCGUCCUCUGCAUAGGAGGGUCUUCGUCGCCGGCAAGACCGCGAUGAGCAUUACCAAACACGCCUACCGCAACCUUAUCCCGGAUACCUUGUACAACUUGACGUAUUUCUUCCGGCGUAAUUAG